AUGGCUCGCUUGCAAUCGAUACACUCCGAGAAGACAAUCCGCAAAAUUGACAUAGCCCAGGUCUCUCUCAGUCUACAGGAUCGUUUAGGCCUUGCCAAAGUCAAAUAUCAAAAUGGUCGUAUACCUGCCCUCGAGUCAAACCAGAGCGGUGGUCGACAAUUUCCCCUUGCCAAUGACAAGCCCUCCGAUUCCUCGUCCGAGAUAUCACAUAGCCGUUGCGAGACCCCUAUGACCUCUCCUCCCUUACGCACUGCGACCUAUUCGAAGGAACUUCCUCGUUCGUCACGGAACAGACAUGCGGCCACCUUCAAUUCUCGGGUGAUGCAACCCAUGUUGUCUGCUAGUCGGAAGCGAGUGAGGUCCGAUUCAAUAUCGGAUCGUCCCUCUAAGGCUCCACGAGUCUCGUGGAAAAGUUCGUACCGCUUGCCUGCGUCGUCACCAGGGUUUCACCACCAUGCUGCGCAUCGGCACCAACCUCUGCCGUUCGUGGCUGAGACAAUCCCGGAAUUUUCGUCCCCGGCCUAUUACCCUCACUCAGAGGAAGAGAAUGAUCCAGAUUUGCCUGUGCAUAGUUUCCAGCAUGUGAGCUCGAUGGUUGGCUCUUCCCCUCCUAGGACGCCACCUCCAAAGCACGCUCGCCUGGCACGCAAGGACCCAAAUCUGCUUCAUGAGGAUGGCGCCGAUCUGCUUCUGUAUCUUGCAAACUCGCCAACACCCGCUAGCAUCGCUGGCAAAGCCCAAGCUCGCGAUUUUCCACCCUCAACUCCGCCGAGCCAACAUGCCGUUUUGCCCACAUUGACCCCGACGCCUGGGGGCGGUGGUGUCUUUCCAAAUUUCGGCACUCCAAGCCAACAGUUUAAUUUUGCGGACUUUGUGAAUGUCACUCCCAGUCCUGCGCAACCAGCUCGAGGCGGACGGACGCCUGGAGGACCCAUGAAGACUCCUCUGGCGAACAGAGACGCCAGAAGAAGACCGAACUUUGACAAUCUACUGCCACCGAGCGCGGAAAGCCCAAAAAAUCGGCCAAAAGAGUCCGGCCUUGCUCUUCAACUUGGCGGAGAGUUGCGACCGUAG